AUGCAGGUUAAUCCUGAUAGCAUGCGCACGUAUGGACUAACCUAUCCUCCCAACUUCCUGGAGUCGCUGGAAAAGAUAACUCUGUCACCUCGACCAUCGCCGGCACCCUCCAUGCCUCCCACUACCAAUAUCAAUUCCAGUUCCUCAGCUGCGCAACUAGACGGAAUUACAAAGUCUCCUACGCCUGUAUCAUCCUCAAACGGCUCUCUAGUUCCGUCCCUAUCGCCAGAGAGCGAGCUCAGCUCAACACCUAGAACCCCUGUGAACAAAGAAGACACCGCGAACAAGAAUGGAUCGAAUGGAAGCAAUAUCUACAUUCUACCCUCACCUACAUUUUGCAAACUUCAUCAGUCGCAUUUAUUGAACCCGCCGCCAGAUAACGUGUUGUUCCCAUUCUUACAUGGGCUGGAAGGUGGUAAUGAAGGCUUGUGCGGUUUCUUCCUAGGAGGAGGUGUUGGUGGGCACAGUGCUGCAGCUCGCAGAAAAGUCACUGUUCCAGCGUAUCGAGGAUUAAUGUGGGUCAUAUGUGAGGACGACCUGGAUAAUCCGGAGAAGGAUUUGAGAUGUCUUGUGCACCCUCCAGAAUAUCACAAUGUAUAUGGUCUGACUCCACCCGGCUACGAUGAUGACUCUGAAAGCUAUUUUACUUCUGAAGACGAACUGGAUGAUUUAGACGAGGAAGACACUUCUUCUGAAUCGUUUUCUACUGAAGAGAACGGUGCAGCGAUGGAUGUCGACGUUGCCAUAAACGACUCCUCUUCGCCCUUGAGUGACAGAGGAAACGACAUUGACGAUCCCAAUAACGCUGAAUAUAUGCACCCCAUAGCGCAUAGACCUGCUCCCAUGACCAAACCUUUACUGAAUACGAAGGAUCUGCCGAUAGAUAUGGAGAUGCCGACCAGCAGUAGCUUCGCUUCAACAGCAAGCGAAGACAUAGACAUGGAGAUGGAUGUGCAAUCUCCCAGAGAUAUUGACUCCGCCUCCGCGUCGCUUACUUUAAACAGUUCUAUCGGAACACCUGCGACUUCUGCACCUGAAGUCAAGUCUCGACGAGAACGUAAACGUUCGCAGUCUCAGCCACCGCAGCUGCCGCCGCCAAUCUUGACUUGUACGUUCAGACCUCACGAGUUACUGAGAAGGAUUCCGAGGUCGAAUCCUCGUAAAUGCGAAUUUACUGGGAAGAGGGAGAACACUCCCAAUUCGCCAUCGUCGUCUCCUUGCUUCGGGAAGGAAGAAGACUUUGCGGAAGGUGUGAAGGUGAAAGUAGAAAUCAACGAGGAAGAACAUCAAUUUGCUUUAGCCGCACCAGAUGAAGAGGAGAAGAAAACGCUUGAGGAGUGGAGUGCUCAAGAUCCUGAAUGGGAGUAUCAUUUGACUCCGCUUAUGGUGCCCGAUGGGAUUAGUUUGAGGAAUUUCGGGUGUCAGGUUGCCAUCCUUGCAUCAUUGAGUGAUAUCGUCGUCUAUAGCCCUUUGGGCAAAACCCAGAAUGCGCAGAGGUUAGCGGCACACUUUAGGGAAGCUUUGGAAAGGAAGAGGAGGGAAAGGAUUGCGAAUGGUCAUGCACCCGAAACGCUACCCGCAUACAACGUGUUCAUGCUGGAUGCUGCGGCGGAGGAAAUGCGGAAGGAUUGGUGGACACCUUUGUGUGUUAGAGUCAAGGAAGGUGGGGCGGGUACGGGACGACAUGCGAACCCGGAUGGAGGUGCAAGCUGGUUAGGAAAUGGGACUGUUACGUCUUCUCCAAAGCUGAAGGACUAUUUUGGGGAUGCGAAAGGGAUGGACAUUGAUCAAAAUCAAACGAGUUCCUCCGAGCGACAACUCUCUUCGAUAACACCUUCUCAACAACAUGGUAGUCAAAGCCAUCAUCAACAAGUUUCUUACGAACCCAAUACCGUUGACUUUGCAAGGAGGGAAAGGGAGGAAAUGAGAGAGUUAACAAGAGCCAGCGAGAUCAUUCACGUUCCUGUCCCUCUAAUGAACGGCGCCGAACAGGAGGAUCAACUGGUGGGAGAGAUGUGGUUGGGAAAUGUGAAUGACGUGCCGUUGCCAGUUGAUACUUUCACUUGCCACCCAGAUGAAGGUCGAGAUCUGGAAGGACUCGAAGGACCUGAUCUUGAGGCUAAGGAGUGGAAGCGGUUGGGCGGUUCGUGUGCAAAUCCACCUUCGAAUCCUCUGGGAUUUGACAUAUGUAUCGAAUGCCACGAUUCUGCGCUUUUACCUGGCAAGGACCAUAUUCGGAUGGUUGAAGAGAGGAUUUACGCGAUGGAAAACGCUUGGGCGGCGCAUAACAGCCAGAGGAGCAGCGCCCCAAGGCCGCCGCCAACUGCUGGGAAUAUCUUGCAUCUACCCUUUCCUAGUAGUCCACCCACGACGCAGAACUCGGUGCGAGACGUUAUCGGAGUUGUCAAGUGGCUCGGUGGCUUAAUCGGUGUAGGUGAAGAGUGGGGCGACGCGACGGAUUCCAAAUCGGAUUCAGCGUCCUUUUCAUUGUCCUCGUGCUCGACUAAUUCUGGUGCUACUUCCGGUGAUACCAUGAACGCCUCGCAGCCGAACUUGAUUCCAUCUCCAACAAAAAGUGUAUCUUCUUCGUGGUCAUCUCUCGGGAACUUCAUUCCUCUUCCCUCUUUCCCGAUAAGCUGGUCUUCUUCAGGCAAAGGUCCCGACAACACCAGUUCAUCCAAGGACAACGUUCCCGACAGUUCCACAGCUGGGGAUUCAACUGCGAACUCGGCUUCCGUUGCUGGUUCCAGUUCAGGUUUGGUGACACCGAAUGGCUCGACGACGCCCAGAUCACGGUCUUUCACUUCCCCUGCUGCUGCCAAUUCUCAAAUUUCGAUAACGUCGUUCUCUCAAGACCCUAGUCUCUCUGUGCCCCCUCAACAUCUGGUGCAAAAGCCUAAACGCCGAUGGUCUCGCCCGUUGAAGAUUUUGGUAUACAGUUCCGACGGGUACACGGAGAGUUCGGUGCCUGCGUUGUGUCUGUUGAUGGCUUUCGGGGUGUAUGGUGCUGGUGGUUCUGUACCGCUUGUCCCUACGGGCGGACAGCCCUCGACACAACCAGAGCCGGUGCAGAGAGGGAUGACGCUCCCCGAAGCUUAUCUACAGCUGCAGUUGGGUGAUAAGUGGAGCGAUGCUAAGGGGAAAAAGAAGAUUGGUAGAAGUUUCUUCGUGUAUCAAAGUGAUUUGACUUUGUUGAGGAGGGUUGAGAAUGAGCUUGAGAAGGAACGUAAGGCGAAGCUUAGGGAAUUGGAAGAGAAAGAAAAGGAGAGAAAGAGAAAGGAGGAGUGGGGAAGGAAACAAGAGGCGAGGGAGAGGAGGGGCAGCUUCAAGCUUGAAGAAGCGUGCCAUAAGGAGAGAGAGCGAUUCAAGUUGAAGGAAAGGGAAGGUUCGGUAGACCGGGGUGAAGGUGGCAGCGGUUCGGGGAGGAAAGGCCUUUUCUCUAGUUUCGGAACAAACGUAAAUCCCUACGUUGUCGGUUGGGGUCAUUCAGGACACUCCUCGAAAGAGUCCUCGAAAUCAACGGCGAAGACACGACCAUCGGCCAAAAGUGUAUCAUUUGCCUCACCUCAAUCACCUCCUUCUCAACCAAUCCCGACACCACCGGCGCAAACUCAAACUCACGACCCGCCCCCAGCAACGCCACCUCAAAACGGAACGGCGAGUGCCAGUGUUCCCUCCCUGACAGCCCUUCCGGAGCAUUUGACGUCUCCUACACCUCUAUUCUCAUCACAGGUUUCCACCGGAGGAAUGACAGUGACGAGGCCCAGAUCGUCCACAUAUGGAGGUUCCGCGCAUAGUGCGCUUCCAGGGUAUUUGGGUAAUAGUUUACAUGAACAAAGAAUGCGAACGAAGUUCUUCAACGAGGCUUGGUUCAAUGACUCUCGGUUCGACGGGAGUUUCCCGAGUAGAGUCUUGGACGGUGUUUACCUCGGCAACUUAAACCACGCAUCCAAUGUGUAUAUGCUCCAAGCAUUAGGAAUCACCCAUGUCGUUUCAGUGGGCGAGUGUGCUCUUAUUCCCCCGGCUCAUGGACAUGCACAGUAUCAGCACCAGAUGACGCAACACCCAUUCUAUCCGAAGGGCAGCGCUCAACAAUACACUCAUAAUCAUCAUGCAAAUACCUUCCCUCUGCAUGGGCAUUCAAACUCUGUUCCGCCUACACCUGGCUCGCUGUUCCUCGAAGAACGUGCGGGGAGAAUCAAGGUGUUAGAUAUACAAGGUGUUUGCGAUGAUGGCAUCGAUACCCUCGAUGAAGGGAUGUUAAGUGAUAUCUGUACAUGGAUCGACGAUGCCCGUAGCGAAGGUGGGCAAGUGCUUGUUCAUUGCAGGGUGGGUGUUAGUCGCAGUGCGACCGUUGUCAUUGCCUAUGUGAUGAAGUCCCUCAACCUCCCACUUGUAGACGCGUACCUCAUUGUUCGCUCUCGUCGCCUCUCGGUGCUCAUACAGCCCAAUAUGAGGCUGCUUUACAACCUUUGUGGGUGGGAGGUCAGACUUGGGAUUGCGAAAGUUGAAGAAAAGAUCGCGGAGCGACGGAAGUUAUCCUCCGAGCAGCCGUGGUCGAAAGAACGCGAGGAUAAGCUAAGAGAGGACCUUCUCAAGACCGAGUUGGCUACCUCGUUAUCGUGGCCGUAUCUGGCCAAGGAGGUACAUAGGCUGAAUGAAAAGUAUCUCGGGUGA